AUGAAGUUCUCUUCUUCUAUCAUCAAGCUGCUCUCGUGGUCCUGGACCACCUACAACAACAACAGCAGCAACACAAUGAAGACCCCCGUUCUCCAGGUCGCCAAGGAGAUGAUGGGCAACAACGACAACAAGGACGUUCCUGCAGCAGAGGAAGUCCCAACGUUCCAACUGGAUGAGUUGGACAAGACACUCGUCGAAACCGCGGCACUGUUGCACACAGAUGAAACCAAUCCUGAUGUGGAGUUCCAGCAGCACGGUCGCUUUCUAGGUGCCUACUGUUGGGGAUUCGCGAUUAGGGAUUCAACCUGUACCUCUGUACUAGAAUUUGAUGCCAGUAGAAAAAGCCAAGGAACCCACUUUUUCAGUAGUAUCUCAAUAGCAAGUAAACUAGAGAGCUUAGAGCAACUAACAUACUACUGA